UCGCAAAUACCGUAGGUAUCAAGUCUAUAUUCUAGGUACCUUUUGCAUAUUUUCAUAUUUGGUUUUAUUGUUUAUUUUGACCUGUUCAUCUUGGCUCAAUAUUGCUCAGAGUGUCUUCUUAAGUCUCAGCUUACACAUUUCGUAUUUUUGUUUCAUGUUUAGUUUUCAGCAUUCAGAAAUAUAUUGACAGGAUGUUCUAUUAUUGUAUAUGGAUGUUUAAGGCUAUUAUGCUCGCAGAAGUGUGAUAAUAGGAGUGUAUAACGUGCCUUGCCGUUAUUCCUAUAGGGUCACAUUCGGAUCAUUCUCGCACUCUGGUGUUCAUCUUUGCGUCAUUUUUAGUGGACAUACUGGCGAAUAAAGACUCAUUAGUGGUUUAUUCAAUGUCCUCUUCGAUUUAAAAGACAGCCGUAUUCCUUACAGUUACAUGCGGAUAUUUUGUCUAUUGUUAUGUACCAUAGUCAACUGAUUCUUCUGCUAUUUAGUUUGCAUUGGACAUCAUUUUUAUUCACCUUGUAUGAAUACAAUCGCUUGACUCCUUGUUUAAAAAUAUUUUUAUUUUUCCCGUGAUAGCUGGAUACUUGAAUAUUGUUUUAAAGUAUCCAACUUUAUUCUCUGCACUUGGAAAUAUUUUUUAACAAGGACAACUAUCUUCGUCAACUUAUAUCCCCAAUUUUUCGGUGGUUAUUAAUCAUAUUGUAAGGACUUGUUUAGUUGAAGAUUAAUACAGAAGGUUCGAGAAUUUGUGUUACCAGUUAUAACAUCCACUGUGAUAUUAUUUAUCAUAUAAUUUCGGUGAUAAUAUUCAAAUAAUUCACCGGAUUAUAAAUUUUCUGGAUCGCAGUUUAUGUUGUUGUUGGCAUCAUUUUCCCAGGAUUGUCUUACUAUCUCAUGUACAAUAUUUUAUUAAGUGUUUGUCACUGAUUCUUUCUUUAGUCUGCAAUAAACAUCCAGCGCCAUACACCUUCGCUGAGAUUGUAGACGAAAUUAGAGGGUUGUUGUUCCUUAAAUCAAAGGGAAUAUACUAUCUAUGGUAUCCAAAUCAAUCGCUGCUACCACUGAAGGCAUUUACUGAUGCUGGCUUGGUUUGCUGUUUGUUAAUUGCCAUUAUUGGAUUUAUUUGAAUAUAUGAGUAUCGCAUUUGGCUUAUAUUCUGGUAAAGUAUAUCAGCUCCGAUUCAGUUAUGUCGUCAAAUGUGACUGUUAAUCUUUCCUACAUGACCUAUGGCGACCGUACUACUUCCUUACCGCUUGAUGAAUUUCGUGAUGUGGACGGUUCUCAGUGCGUCAGUGGACGUCAGAGUUCGUCCAUGGACUCCUUCACUGAUUGUGGUACUCGCCGUUCAUCGUUGACUGAUGGUUACAUUGGUUAUGACGUUGGCUGUGCUGAUCAGACACCUUUCACGGAGACAUCUCGAUUCAAGUUAUAUGACGAAUGUUUCGUUGAUGCUGAGACUGUCGACACAUCAGGUGAUACUACCUAUAUACCCGACACUGAAUUUCCCACUGACGGCUUUGAGUUGUAUGGUUAUCAGGGUGGUACAGUUCCAAGUGGUUUCUUACGUGGAACGCCUGAUCAAACUCUUGACGAUGGAAAUGCAGACCAGGGUCGUCCGGUUAUCCGCCUGAAGAGUACCGCGGAUUCACAUGUUCGUGUAGACAAUGUAGCACCUCAUGGAUCAUACACUUCUAUCGGCAAGCAGGUUGUGCAUCCAACCAAUUACCACGAACCGACACCUAGUUUAGAUGAGUAUAUGCGAUCAUCAAGUCAGCUGUAUCAACCGGUUGAUCGAGGUUACAGAGAUGACAGCAGUUGUGGCACGGCGUAUGUAUCUAACAAUUCAACACUGGCUACUCCUUCUCUCAAUUUGGCGCUCGAUAAUGCAAGCGCCCGUUCUUUAAAUAUAUCGCCUAUUGUACCCAUUGCGCAUCAUGUUGAGGCGUAUUCAGAGGACUCUGACACAUUUUUAACACCUCGUAUGUCAGGUGCUUCUGGUUAUUACAAGCGUUUUUGUCCUCCGUCUAAUUACUGUGUUUACGUUGGUUCAGAGACGAAUCGUUCGAAUUGUGGUUGCAAUUUAUCUAGGCCUCUAGGUGGUAAUUGUCAUUUGUCUGGUUGCCCCGUGAUAACUUCUGACAUGGAGCCUUCUACUGAGAGUUUCCCAGUAUCAGGUUCAUCGCAAUUACAGAACCUUGUUCGUCGAUUGCACACUGUGGUGGAUCGUUUGAAGAACGGUUCAUCGCCUAAGGACGAGCGGGUACCUUGUCUACCUAUUCAGCAACCUUUAUAUUGGCACACUGACGUUCGUUCUGUUGCAGUUAAUGGUUACAAUGCCGUCAACACAGUUCCUAGUGCAUCGUAUGAGACAAUUGCUGGCGCCAGUUUUGAGUACUCCAAGCGCCACUGCUCGGUAUUACCAGAUUACAACACUAAUCGUGAGAUGCACCCGGCUCCUGAGUACUAUGUUCAGACUAGUUAUGAGGACUCACCUUAUGACAACAGUUUAACUGCCGAGAUUGACAAUUCUCUAAUGCAGCGUAAGAACGUUGUUGCAUCUAAGAGUGACAUUGGUCGUGAAGUUGAGGUUCAAUCUCGCAAUGAGUUAGGUCGUUUCGUUCCAACGUUGACGGCAUCUCCAAUUUCGAGUCAUGAGUGCCGCACUCAGUAUACCACUCCGAAGGCCAGUAAGAAGAAGAAUGCAGCGGGUUCUACUCUAACGGGUGAGAAGGUCAGUGGUGUAUGGUAUGAUGCGAAUCGCCACUUAUGGCGUGUUGUGUAUAUGAAGGGUAACAAACGUAAGACCCAGGGCUUCAGUUCCAUUAAGCUUGGUUAUGAGGAGGCUCGUAGAAAGGCUAUUGAGUUACGUCACGAAAUGAUGGCACUCCGUCGUAGCGAUAAGGUAUAACUAUCACAGUUGCUAAUUUA